AUGGAGAUGUCCCUCUGGGUUAAGCAGGGCUGCAUCCUCUUGCCUACCCCCGUCAGUCUCAUGGACGCCUACCGCGAUGUGUGUCGCCUGCCGGACGAUGGCGGAUGCACUUCCGUUCACAGACUUCUCUUCGUCGACGACGACUACGUCCCCAACGCCACCUCUGAAGGAGACAUGCAAAGGAGCAUGGACCUCUUCACUGCCGCCUAUGACAACUUCGGUCUGAUUAUCAACACGGAGAAUACGGUGGUCAUGCAUCAAGCGCCACCCGACGCUGCCUACAAUGCAUUCGGUUUCCACGUGAUCGGCGACCAACUGCAAGCCGUGGACAACUUCUCCUAUCUGGUCAGCACCCUCUCUCGCACCACCAAGAUCGAAGAUGAAGUGGCCCUUCGUAUUCCCCAAGGCAGCUAA